AGCUCAGGGUCGCGUGUGGUCCGGCGGGGGAGCAGCUGAGGUACGUACGCGGCGACGAUGAGGGCAGGGUAGCUGUGCGUGUGUUCACGACGCGGUCUCAGGGCGAAUGGGAUGGAAGAUUAGAUGAGACACAGCCCCCGGCCUCGGGAUUCCCACACGAUUAUCCCGAUCGAAGGAUGCGCUGGUGGCUCGGCAGCCUUCUCGAAGGAAGGGUUGGUGGCUGGGCGGCUGCUGGGAAGGAUGGGGGAUCGGCCGCUUCGUUGGAAAGCUCGGCGUGCGGUGCGGGUUUAGCGCCGCGAGGUGAAGGCAGGUAGGUCGGGUCGGGGGAUGCUACUUCAUUUAUUGGGCCUGCAGUAGCUCUGCCAACGAGCCUCUGUUCUGUCUAUCUCGAUGGGGCAGUUACUCGAAUCGGGAAGCUGGGAAGGGAGUGCGUUGGGGGGAAGCUUGUCAUGAGGUGCUGUGAGGUGCAUUUAGCACGGCGGCCACAGGGCCGUGAUGGUGAUCACGGAUUCGAGCUGUCUCCACCAUGGAUGGGAUUGAUGUAUAUAAAGACGCCGUCGCUGCGCCUGAGAGGUAGGUUCGGAAGCUCUUGCUCGAUAAGUUCAGACUAUUCUACUACUUCUCUUCCAUCCUUCACUUCUCCCCUCACACCACCAUGCGUUUGACCACCGCCGCCGCGCUCGUCGCGCUGCUCCCGUGCACGGCGCUUGCGCACCCCGCGCUCGUGUCGUCGCGCAGGGACAUCAAUGGUCGCGCGGUCAACUUUGAUGCGUUCCGUCUGGGCACCAAGGCUGAUUACAGCAAUGCGGGGUUCACCGCUAAGUCGAGCAUUGUGUCUUCUCUGACCAAGAGGGGGACUUAUCUCGAGACGGCGCAGGCCCUCGUUAAGCAGGUUGCGCCGGGCGCGGAGUUUCGCGUGGUGGAUGACCAUUAUGUUGGGAGCAAUGGCGUUGCUCAUGUCAACUUCAAGCAGGUGGCUCACGGUCUUGAUAUCGACAAUGCUGAUUUCAACGUUAACGUCGCCGCUGACGGAAGCGUCUUCUCCUACGGAAACUCGUUCUUCUCUGGCGACGUUCCAUCUGAGAACCCCCUGGUCGCGCGCGGUCAGGUUGACGCCGUUGCCGCUCUGAAGGGUGCCUCCAACGUCCUCGGUCUCGAGAUCAGCGCCGAUGGCGCUCAGGCCAAGGCCGAGGAGGCGCUUGAGCACUACAUCAUUGAGGGAACCACUGGCGCUCAGCAGGACCCCAAGGCUCGUCUCGUGUACUUCCAGAAGGAGGACGGGUCGCUGUCUUUGUCGUGGAGAGUGGAGACUGAUCUCAAGGACAACUGGCUGCUUUCCUACGUUGAUGCCUCAGGAGCUAGCGAGGUUUACGGUGUUGUGAACUACGUUUCCGACGCUACCUACCAAGUCUUCCCAUGGGGAACCAACGACCCCAGCAAGGGCAGCCGCACCAUCGAGACCGACCCCGCCGACAAGACCGCCUCGGAAUUCACCUGGCAAGGCAACGGAAAGACCACCUACACCAUGACCGAAGGCAACAACGGCAUCGCGCAAGCCAACUACGACGGCGACAACAGCUGGACCAACGACUACCGCCCCGACGCUCCCGGCGCGAAAUUCGAGUACGGCUACUCCCUCGCCGAGACCAACCCGAAGAAGUACAUCGACGCAUCCGUCACCCAGCUCUUCUACACCGCGAACAUGUACCACGACAUGCUCCACGCGCUCGGCUUCAACGAGGCCGCUGGUAACUUCGAGACCAACAACAACGGCGCCGGCGGCAAGGGCAACGAUGCCGUCAUCCUCAACGCCCAGGAUGGCUCGGGGACGAACAAUGCCAACUUCGCUACCCCGCCUGAUGGACAGCCGGGUGUGAUGCGCAUGUACAUCUGGGACGAGAGCACGCCCUACCGCGACUGCAGCUUCGACGCCGGCGUCAUCAUCCACGAGUACACCCACGGCGUAUCCAACCGCCUUACCGGCGGCCCCGCUAACACCGGCUGCCUCAACGUCCUCGAGGCGGGGGGCAUGGGCGAGGGAUGGGGAGAUUUCAUGGCUAUUGCUAUUCACCUGAAGAAGGCGGAUACGAGGGCCAAGAAUUACCCGAUGGGUGAUUGGAUUGCGAAUGAUCCGAAGGGGAUUAGGAAUUACCUGUACUCAACGAGCUUGACGACGAACCCGUAUACGUAUAAGAGUGUUAAUACGAUGAGUGCGGUGCAUACUAUUGGCACGGUGUGGGCGACUAUCCUUUAUGAGGUGCUUUGGAAUUUGGUGGAGAAACAUGGCAACUCCGAGGCAAGACAGCCGACGUUUAAUGGGAAGGUGCCGACAGAUGGAAAGUUCUUGACUAUGAAGUUGGUUCUUGAUGGAAUGGCUCUUCAACCCUGCAGCCCUACAUUCGUGCAGGCCCGUGAUGCCAUCAUUGAUGCUGAUAAGGCGCUCACUGGUGGCUCGAACGCUUGCGAGCUCUGGAAGGCGUUUGCCAAGCGUGGACUGGGUGAGGGUGCGUCGAGGGGGAGCGGAUCUACUGGCAGGAAGGAGAGCACGACUGUUCCUUCGGGAGUCUGCUAGAUGGGUGUAGUGACGAAGAGGGGGUACAUAUAGUUGGGUGAAUGGGGGGAGGUUGUGGAUAUGGGUAUGAGUGAUGAUUUUACUGUAUAUAUGAAUUUAGUGUGGGGAGAUGUUAAAUAUUUAGCAGCAUAGG